AUAUAUUUAUUGUGUGGGGCGGUAUAUAAACAGUGGAGUGUUGCAUCACCGGCCAGUACCGCCUCAGCUCCCGACGAGUACACUAUCGCUAGUUUCUCUCUCUACAUCUCUACGCCCAAUUUUUGAGCUGAUGGCUGGAGAGAACAGAGGAGCAAGUGACAUGUCACACUAUGGCGAGUCUCACAGUGAACGUCUGGCCAGGAAAGCUCGUGAUGCUCCGUUCAUGGUAGCUGGGCUGGCUGGACUGGUUGGAUUAGUAGGCUAUGGCAUCUAUGGCUUUAGGAAUAAGCAAAUAAAGACCUCUCUCUACCUUAUUCAACUGCGUGUGGCUGCCCAAGGCUUUGUUGUGGUGUGCCUUACUGCAGGUGUUGGUUAUAACCUGUACAACAGAUUUGUUGCCCCCAAAUUUUCUUCUGGGAGUAUAGAAGAUAAAAAGGAAUAGGUAUUGUUUAUGGAGCAAGAACUGUCUGUCUGCAUGUAAAGAAAAAAUAUUUGGGGUAAUUUUACCUAAUUUUUUCUAAUGUAAUACUAUACUUAAAAUGAUUUAAAGAAUAAAUCAGGGUAGGAAAUGAAAGUUCAGCAAGCCGUAAAAUGGACUACGCCCAGUAGUAGAUUGUAUUGGAUUGCUCUUUUCUAUUGGAAGCUUCUACUCCUUGAUUAAUAUAUUUAGUGAAAAUGUAACUUGGCUAUGUAUAUUGUUAUUAAUGUCUUCAUAAUCACUACUUAAAUAUACUAAUUAAUCUGAAAAUAUUUGUAUAGAUUUACAAGCAUGUAAACACAGCUGGACAUUUUAACUCUUACCAUUUGUGAUUGGUUAUAUCCACUGUAAAAAGCUCUAAGAACUUGAUUAUUAAUGUCAUGGUGAAUGCCCUGCCAGUAAUUACUAGGACAGCAUCUUGGGAAUGUGAUGGUAUGAAUGGACACUCUUAAAAUAUCACUUGGCAAGUAAACAUUUACUUUGUUACUCCUGGAAGAACCUAUAAAAAAAGUUAGUGUUAACAUAUAAAAUAAAACAUUUAAUAUUCAAAGAGGGAUUAAAUGCCAAGUAAAAUUGAUUGACCAAAAAAACUGCUGUAUUAAUAAUGUGUUGAAUAUUGCUAUGCAAGGAACCAAUAAUUGUAGACCUGUUAUAUAAUGUGUUACUUUUGGCUUCAAACCAUGGCUACAGUGUCGCAAUAAUUUUCUAAACUGUGUGGUCAUAUUUAGAAAACAUUUAUUACUGCUUUCAAAUACCAUUAUGAAUUUUCUCCCCAAAAUUGUCUUGGGUAUGUAGUAACCGGUGUAGUAAGCAUGAAGUGUGUGUAGAGUGAAAGUUCGUAAGCUUUGAUAGUUCAACAACUGUAGUUUAUAGUUACUGUAGUUGUUACAUUGUUGCUAAUAAUUAUCAGGUUUAAGUUAAUGAUUCCUCUUAUCAUAAAUGGCUCAUAUGUUGCUUGAAUUUAAUUUGUUCCCAUUAGUUUGUUAAAAAGGUAAAUGCAGUGCCAUGGCUUGCAAGGUAACAUGCCUGCAAUUAUUUAAUCUAAACCAACGUAAAAGCUGGCUCCAUAUGUUGGUCAUUAAUACAAAAAAAAAAGUGUUGCGAAGUUUCAGGUUUAAAGAAUGAUGCUAGGCCAAAAUGCACUUGGAAGUAAGAUUAUUGGAAAUAUUAAUCUUAAAAUCAGAUUGGCAUGUACAUAUGUAAAAUAUGCAACAUUUGUGAUAGUUGGAUUACGCACAUACUAUUUUUUUUGAAGACUGUUGUGAGAAGAUUAUAAAGAGCUUUAAUAAUAGUAAAAGAAUGAUCAUG